GACUUUGUGAUUUGGCAAUACAGUUUAGUUCGCGUCUUAUCGAAUCUGGCUAUUCAGCCGUAUGUUGCAGUCGACACUACUAAUUCAACAACAAUCAUUUCUAAAGACAAGGAAGAAAAUACUUCCGAUCGAAAGAAAAUUUGGUAACAAUAAAUUAAUCUACGAUGGUUACGGUAUAAAGUCAAACAGCCAUACAUUUGAUUCUAACCUCGAAACACGAUUUCCAUCUGCUGAUGGUUGUGGAACGCUUUCAGAGUCCUUUUGGAAAGCUCAAUGCUUUUUCAGAGGUCUUAAAAGGACCGGGACAGUCUAUGAAAUGAUAGAUAGGUUGCGAAAAGAUGGACACAAACCAAUGCUGCCAAAGCUGAUUGCAUUGGAAACGGCAAUGGAUGAUGACUACAAUAUACGAUAUAUUAUAGCAAGAGAAGAAUUAGAAAAGGAGAAACAGAAGGCAGAAGCCGAGCAGGAGAGCAGAUGGAACAACGAAUUGGACGAUCUUGAAAAAGCUCGCAAGAACCCAGAAAAGUUCUUGAAGGAAAAGUUCCCAACAUUCCUAGAUUCCGAGCAAGAAAACGUUGUUUUCAUGACAAUUGACUCAUCAUUAGUAGCCGAGAUUCGAAAAGCUGCCCUAUCACUCGGUCUCACAUACAAAUCAUUGGAAGUUUCAAAAUUCGACGAACCACCACGCCGAAGAGACCUUUGCUCGCUCAUCCAUAUAACCGUGGGAGGAAGCGAACCUGCUGUUGAGAAUAAACUUCAGGACAUACAUCAGAUCCGAGGUAAAGCAAUACAAAAGGCUCGGGAAGCUAUGAAAAAUGCUCGAGACGUUAUUAGCGAAGCCCAAGAUGAUGUAAUCCGUGCAUCACGCGACAAAAACUGGGACGUAACUGGAGAUUGGCAUAUAUCCUGCUUAGAAAUGGAAAGGAGAUGGUCCACUCCUCUCACGCUUAAGAUAUACAGUCAAAAAUCUGAUGGUCAAUUCCAAAUGUUUGGCGAGUUUAAUUUCGGCGGGGUAUCGGGUCUGUUCCGGUUUGAACAACAGUUUCCAACUGUUGAGACAAAGUCGGUUAGACUAGCUGAUCUGAAUGUCAAGCGAGGGAAGAUCACUUUCAAAAAGAACGAGAAGAAGAAAAAAGACGGCAACGAUGACGAUAUCGAAUGUACAAGGCUCAAGGCCAAACGUAUUUGGUGCAAAUCUAGACCGGAAGCCUUCUCAUUUCCUGCCAGAGACAAGCCAUCUUCCCACAAUCCAACGUGGAACUAUCGAUGGCGCGGGGAAUACAAAAUAGAUAGCGAGCCCGUUCCAGGUCAAUAUCUUUGUUCGAUUACUUUCAGUGAACCCUUGGGUACAACACUGACUGGCACAUUCGGAGGCGACCUUUACAAGGCUUGGAGGGAGGAUAUGGUGUUCACAGGUGUUAAGGUUGGUAUCUUAGGCCCUUCUUCUAUUGAUAUCGAAGAGGAAUGGCAUGAAAGACAAAAUAUAAUAUAUGAUAGUGACAUACAGGACUAAAGGCUCACGACAGGAUGAGGUAGACGACAAAAUUGAUAGUAUGAUAAUGAAGGCAUAAGGAGUUAUCAAUACGGGACUCAAUACAGAUUAUGCAGAUGCAUAUUUAGAAUAAUUUAGAUGCAAAGCAAGCA